AUGGAAAAAGUUUUUGAGGGAUGGAAGAGGGGCAUGCUCAUUGCCUUGACUGAGAAAAACAAGUCGGGUUUUAUUGAUGGAUCAACUCAUGAACCUGCUGUUGGAACAGACCUACACAAUGCUUGGUCGAGAGCAAACAACAUGGUAAUUUCUUGGCUUUUGAACUCUCUUUCUAGAGAAAUUUCUGCAAGUGUUCUAUACUCUUCCACCGCUAAAAAGUUGUGGGCAGAAUUAGAAGCCAGGUUUGGACAAAUUUCAGGUGCUAAGCUUUUCCAGCUUCAAAAGGAACUAAGUGACCUUGUUCAGGGCUCCUCUGAUAUUGCCACUUAUUACACAAAGAUGAAACGUCUUUGGGGUGAAUUGGAUGUUUUGGAUUUCUUCAUUCCAUGUAAUUGUUCUUGUUCUUGUGGAGCAAAGGAAAAGAACAUUAAGUCCAAGCAAAAUGAACGCUUGGUUCGAUUUUUAAUGGGACUUAAUGACUCUUAUUGUACACCUAGAGGUAAUAUUCUCAUGAUUUCACCACUCCCUUCUAUCCCAAAUGCUUAUGCAUUGUUGAUGCAAGAGGAGAAGCAAAGGGAGGUCCAGAAUCCACCAAAGUUUCCUGGUGAAUCUUCUUCAUUCAUUGCUAACAAUGGUCUGCGAUCAUUUUCUACUGAUUUCAAGGGACAAAAAGGGACUUAUGAUAACAAGAAGUCUAAUCUUGUUUGCAGAUAUUGCAAGAAAACAGGACAUAGCAUUGAAAAAUGUUAUAAGAUACAUGAAUUUCCAGCUGAUUAUACAUUUACUAAGUCAAAAAAUAUUCACAAUUCUGUUAAGAUUAAUGUUGUGAUUUCUAAUGAAUUUUCUGGAGAUUCUUUCCUAACUAGCGCAGAAUCAGAGGAGCAUGAGAAACUCCUCACACAGGUGCAAUUGGCGCAGGUCAUGCAACUGCUUCAACAGGUGAAAACUAAGGAUCAAGCCAAUAAUUCUGAUGUCAUAGCUUCUGCCAAUUGUGCUGAUAUUCCUUUAAGCCCUAAUCAUUUCACUCUAAAUUCCACUAUUGAUGGUAAAACGUUCACUAAUGAGACGUGGAUAAUAGACUGA